CUCCCCCUUCCCCUCCCAGACGGACCUUUCUUUUCUCCCCCACUCGGCGCUGCUUCUCCACGCUCCCAUCGCUGUCGCCCUCCUCUCGCACUCGCACUCUCGCUGCUGCGCCGAAUUGGAAGCUGUUGCCUCCCAGCGAAUUCAAACCCCGGGGCGGGGCAGGUGGGAGGAGCGGCGGCCGCCGCCGAGCCCGCGCCGACCAGUUGGCGUACCGGGGCGGCCGGGGAUUUGCAUGCCGGCGAUGAUGUUCACGGAGGGGCUGGAUCGGGACGCGCUCAAGUGGGUGCGCGAGGGCCAGGGCGCGGGCGCGGGGGCGGGGGCGCUGCACAGCCACGGCCGCAUGGACGCGCUCCGGGCCGCGCGCGGCGCGGGCGGCCUCGGCCUCGGCAUGCCGCCGCCGGAGAAGUACAGGAGCGGGCACCUGCCGCGCGCGUCCGUGCCGCUGCGCCCCACCGACGGGAGCGCCUCCUCGGCCUCCGACAUGGACGAGUCCUCCGACGCCGAGGAGGUCGAGGUCUGCAGCGGCGGCAGGUACUCCGUCGACUCCUCGCCCCGUCACCGCGACGACGUCCCCCGCCGCACCGCCGUGCCCCUGUACCGGUACGCCAACGUGCCCGGGCAGCAGAACUACUACUCCAGCGACGGCUACUCGGAUCUGAGCUCCUCGAGGGACACGGCGCUGCCGAGGGGGAAGCCGCAGCAGGCGCGGCGGCCACAGGCGCGCGCUGCUGCGUACGUCGAGGAGGAGGAGUACUCGGACUCUGCGGGCAGCUCCGAGUUCUCAAGUCAGGUGUCGGGGCGGAACAAUGGUGUGGCCUCCAAGGGUGGGUAUGCAUCUGAGUACUCGCAUACCGGUCCAGUCCGGAGAGAAGCGAACAAUGCGGUUCCUAAGGCAGCUCGUACGGCAGCUCAGCCUUCAAAUUCGAGGGCUUACCAGCCGGAGCACUAUUCCGCUCAUGUCCCUGCUCGGGUCGAUGCCAAAUCUUCUCCUAAAAUGGAUGGUUUAUCUGAUGUGCCCAGUGCACCACCAAUCCAUGAUUAUAGUCAGGAAACUAAACCAGCUCCUCACAGCGACACCAGAACUUGUGCAAAUGCAAGUGCAUCGGAUGGUUCAACUGUCAAAAAGGAGGACCAUGGUGAUGGUAUUGUGGGAGCUGAUUUGGCUGAAAAAACUGAUAGGAGCACUUUGAAUGGAAGGCACACCAGCAGACCAUCUAGUUCAAUCCCUCUUCGAGUCCCCACGUUUCAUGCCAGUUUGCAAGGCCCCUGGUAUUCUGUGCUUGCAUAUGAUGCUUGUGUUCGCCUGUGUCUUCAUGCAUGGGCUAGAGGCUGUAUGGAAGCUCCGGUUUUUCUGGAAAAUGAAUGCACAUUAUUGAGAGACACAUUUAGCUUGCAAGAUGUGCUGCUGCGAUCGGAGGAGGAACUCAUGACAAAACAGGCAUCAGAACGAGUUACGGAAGGAGCUGCAUCAAAACCCAAGAAAACAAUUGGAAAAAUGAAGGUUCAAGUUCGCAAAGUUCGCAUGUCUGUAGACAUGCCUUCUGGUUGCAAUUUUUCAUCAUUGCCAGUGGUGAAAUUUGAUUCAGUUCGGCACCGUUUGUCCAACGUACAAUCAUCAAUCACAUCUGGGUGGGAGUCAGUUAGGAGAGUUCAAGUAGCAACACAUGUGCCUCCUAACAGUUCCUUCUCGAAGCAUAGCCUAGCAUACAUGCAAGCAAGUGCUCAAUAUAUAAAGCAGGUAUCUGGUCUGCUAAAAGUUGGUGUGACUACCUUGCGCAGCAGUUCAGCUGAUGAAAUACAACAAGAGACAUACUCAUGCAAACUGAGGCUUAAAAGUUCACCUGAAGACGACGUGGUACCAAUGCAGCCAGGAUCUGGUGAAACACAUGUCUUCUUUCCAGAUAGCCUUGGAGAUGAUUUAAUCAUUGAUGUAUCUGAUACCAAAGGAAAACCCUGUGGGCGUGUUGUUGCUCAAGUUGCUACAAUGGCAGAGGAACCUGCUGACAAACUUCGUUGGUGGUCAAUAUACCGGGAGCCAGAGCAUGAACUCGUGGGCCGCAUACAUCUAUAUGUUCAAUAUACAACCGCUGCAGAUGAAAACAACACAAAGUAUGGCUCUGUCGCAGAGACUGUGGCAUACGAUAUUGUUUUGGAAGUUGCAAUGAAGGCACAACACAUUCAGCAACAGAAUCUUGUCUUGCAAGGUUCUUGGAAAUGGUUGCUGACAGAAUUUGCGUCAUACUAUGGGGUUUCAGAUGCGUACACUAAGUUGAGGUACCUCUCGUAUAUUGUGGAUGUUGCAACCCCUACUGCUGAUUGGCUGAAUCUGGUUCACGAGCUCUUGCUCCCAGUACUAAUGAAGAGCCAUGGUACUGCCACAUUGAGCCAUCAAGAGAAUCGAAUACUGGGGGAAGUGGAGGAGCAAAUCGAGCAAACUUUAGCAAUGGUAUUUGAGAAUUACAAGUGUCUUGAUGAGUCACUAGUCUCUGGACUGGCGGAAGACUUCAGGCCUCCAACUGGAUUGGCCGCGUCAGCCCUGGAGCCGGCUAUAAAGCUGUACAGUCUUCUCCAUGAUGUGCUAUCUCCAGAGGCCCAACUGAGACUCUGUGGUUACUUCCAGACUGCUGCCAGGAAGCGCUCGCGGAGGCACAUGCUCGAAACUGAUGAAUUUGUGGCAGGAAAUUCUGAAGGCAUAAAGAUGGACAUUGUGACCUUCACAACUGCUUACCAGAAGAUGAAAUCAUUGUGCCAUAAUAUACGCAAUGAAAUUUUUACAGACAUUGAAAUUCAUAACCAUCACAUACUUCCCAGUUUUGUCGACCUCCCGAAUUUGACAGCCGCCAUCUAUAGUGUGGAGCUCUCAAAUAGACUACGCUCAUUCCUUGUUGCGUGCCCUCCUACUGGCCCUUCUUCUCCGGUUGCAGAUUUGGUGAUCGCCACUGCAGAUUUUCAGAAGGAUCUUGCCAGCUGGAACAUUUGUUCUAUUAAAGCUGGUGUUGAUGCAAAAGAGCUGUUCCAUUUGUACAUUGUAUUAUGGAUUGAAGAUAAACGAAGAGCACUGCUGGAAAAUUGCAGACUGGAUAAGGUUAAAUGGUCAGGAGUUAGGACUCAGCAUAUGACGACACCUUUUGUGGAUGAGAUGUAUGAUUUACUGAAGAACACAUUGACGGAGUAUGAGGUUAUCAUUUGCCGAUGGCCAGAAUACAUAUUUGUUCUUGAGAAUGCUAUUGCAGAUAUCGAGAAAGCGGUAAUCGACUCCCUCGAAAAGCAGUAUGUGGAUAUUUUGGCCCCACUUAAAGAUUGUAUUGCCCCAAAAAAAUUUGGCCUCAAAUAUGUACAAAAGCUAGCAAAGCGCAAUUCAAUGUGCCCUUAUGUUGUACCUGAAGAUCUAGGGAUCCUCUUGAACACAAUGAAAAGACUAUUGGAUGUUCUGCGGCCGCGGAUCGAGAGCCAUCUGAGGUCCUGGAGUUCCUGUAUACCUCAUGGAGGAAAUUCAGCUGCCAUCGGCGAAAGACUUAGUGAGGUUACAGUAACAUUGAGGGCGAAAUUCAGAAACUACAUGCAAGCAGUUGUCGAGAAGUUGUCUGAGAAUACCCGCAUGCAGAACACCACAAAGCUCAAGAAGAUCAUCCAAGACUCAAAAGGAUUGGUCCUGGAGUCAGAUAUCCGCGGCAGGAUGCAGGAGUUGAAUGAUCAGCUAAUCGGGGCAAUAAAUCAUGUGCACAAAGUCUCAGAAGUUCAUGUGUUUGUAGCCAUAUGCCGAGGCUUUUGGGACCGUAUGGGGCAGGAUGUCUUGAGUUUCCUGGAAAACCGCAAAGAGAACAAGGCCUGGUACAAAGGCGCGAGAGUUGCAGUGUCGGUGCUCGAUGAUACAUUUGCAUCCCAGAUGCAGCAGUUGCUUGGCAACACACUCCAGCAAAAGGAGCUGGAGCCGCCUAGGUCCAUCAUGGAAGUGAGGUCAAUUCUCUGCAAAGACGCUCCCCGACAGAAGAAUUCGGGCUUCUACUAUUGAUCAUUUUGUUCUGUACAUAUCAAUGCGCAUUAGAAUGUGCAGCUUAGAAAUGGUGAAAUGGCCGGAGCGAUGAUGUGGAGAUCUUUGUAAAGAAGACAAGACAAUGGAAUAGUAAGAAAUAGAAAAUAGGGCUACUGGUGAAAUACAUGAGCUGAGAAGCCGCAAAAUAGCGCUUUGCUGGUUAACCGGGUUAAAAUAUGUUCCCAUUGCCUGUGGGAUGGGGCUGAAUGCGGAGACUGGUUGUACUUCAUAGGGAGUAGUGUAAGUUUCACUGGUAGCACCUAGCUAGCUGAGAUUUCACAAUUACUAAUAUUGAUUUUUGAACAUGUUGACUGGAUUAUAUUGAUUUCGUAUCUUGCUAAGAGCCUAAGAUGCUAAGGGGCAACCUUUUGAUGGUCAUCGGUUCA